GGAGAAAGGCAAUGAUUGUGCAGUUUGAUCGGAUCAAGAUAUGCUCGCCCUCAUUGAAUAUGUCAAGAAGGAGGGCAAGGAGGCAGGGGGGAAAGGGCACCAGUUCAAGCCUGCUUCCUGGACCAACCUCAUACCACAACUUGCAUUAACAACAAAGGCAGGUGCACCGAAGAAUGCUGCAAGCAUUGGACGUAAAUGGAAGAAUCUCAAGACCAAAUUCAAUCAUGUGUGGACCCUGACAACUUUAUCUGGUGUUGGGUUUGCUCCUCAAAACAAGAACCACAUUAACGAGACCAACAAGGCUAUCUGGGAUGCCUUGAUUGAAAAAAACCCUAAAAAGAACUAUCAACACUAUGCGGAAAAUGGGUGGGCCUUCUACGAGGGCAUGCAGGAUAUUAUGCCUAGUAAAGGCAAAGGUACACAUGCAUUCUAUGCUGGAGGGGAGGUUACUGGUAAUAUGGACAUCACAGAAGGGGAAGAAGGGGGAGAAGGGGGAGGGGAUGAAUUAGAUGGGCCUGAUGAUGAUGUAGACAAUAUUGAGAUGCAUAAAGGUACUAGUGAUCGUACCUUAGCCCGUGACCAAAC